AGCAAAUUAAAAAACGACAAAAAAUAAACACUUGUAAAAACUGUUAUUUUAUUUUAUUCAUUCAAAACUAUCAUCAUGGCUUUAGUAGCUUAUGACAAUAGUGAUUCUAGUGAAUUUGAGGAUGAAGAUAACGAAGGAGCUACAGCUUCUGCAGUCAUUUUAAACAAGAAAGAAGAAGUUACAGACCUAUCAAUAUCAAAACCAGAAUCAGGGGAUAAUGUGGGAUUGCAAAGCCAGAGUUUGUUCAACCUGCUUCCCCAACCGUCUAACAAAAAGCCAGCCGUGUUAGAGGAAGACGACGAAUUCUUACACAAAAAAGAAACCGACAUCCCCAUCGUGAAGCCUAAAGCUAAAAUUACAGUACCCUCACUCAGUGAUUUUAGAGAUGUAAGAGACACAGCACCCGCAACAAAACCAAAGAAAGUCAAUGGGAAAAAGUCAGGCCUCCUGAGCAUACUGCCACAACCAAGAAAUGCAGUGUUAGCAACAACCAAAUCCUUAAUACCUCACAUUCUCACCCAAAAACCCAAACCAAGUCCAACCGUAAAGAAAAAAGAGCCUUUGCCACCAGUUAAUAAAGAUAAACCGAGCCUGGCCAUCGACUAUUCAGAUGACAGUGACGACGAAGUACAGAACGAUUUCUUCUCUAUUAACAAAUCCGUCCAACUGCCAGAAGAUGUUCCGUUAGACAUUGAUGAAAAAGUCAGUUUGAAAAAAGAAGAUAAUGUUCCAGCUCCCAAGGAGCCAAGGGAUAUUGAAUCCUAUUUCAAGGCGGAUACAGUGGAGACUGAAGUGCAGCCGGAGUAUUCUGAAUCUAGUAGUUAUGGUUAUCAAUAUGAGGCUAGCUCUGGGUAUGGGAACGGGUAUGCGGCGCAAGGAUCAAGUAAUGAUGCAUUGGAUGAAGAGGCGAUCAUGAAACUAUGCGGAGCCCGAGGCAAACGCAAGCGCGAGGACAUCCAAAUAGUCGACGUCAACCAGAGCGAGGUGCUCGCCGACGCCCGCGAGUGGCUGGCCAAGGGGCUGACGGACGACACGAGCAAGCGAGUCUCCAGCAGCAAGAGGAGAGGCAACGAGCCCACCAGCCAGCAGAAGAGGAAGCACCAGAUCACCUAUCUCGCUCACCAGGCCAAAGCGAACGAGGUGGAGCUCCAGAACCAAUGGGCCAACAACAGGCAGUCCAAGCGGCAGACUCAGUCCAAAUACGGGUUCUAGUGUCUGUGUCAUCAAGA